UGUAUAAAUUGCACAGUGCAGACUCUCUAGAUGUGCAUCAUACACUAAAAACUGCAUUCAUUCCUAGAUUAGAAGGAGAACGGGUUCAUCGGAAUAUCUAAUUCUAUACGUCUAUACACGGAUAGGUUUAGUCCUUGAUAAAUAUGGUGAACGAAGACGACGUUGAGCAACCUGAAAGGUCUGAAACCCUGGCAGAAUCCUACAAAAGGACAGGGAAGAAAUGUAUUGCUUUAAUUAUAAUUAUUAAUGUGGUUGCCAUAACAGCUAUUCUUCUCAGCUCUAUACAUAAGAUAGAGGAAGGAAAUGUGGGGAUAUACUUCAAGAACGGAGCACUCAUGGAAGAAACUACCCAACCCGGGAUACAUCAUAUGACCCCAUUUAUUGUAAACAUGGUGGAGAUUCAAACCAGACCUCAGACAGAUCAUCUCCCAACAAUCGUGUCAGUAACCAGAGAUGGGAUUGAGAACACAUUUAAAGACAUUCAAGUAAUCAGUCGGGUUCGCCAGGAGAAAUUGGUUCCACUAGUUCGUAAGUUUGGGAUAAAGUUUAGAGAAUCUUUAAUCUUCGACAGAGUAAAGGAAGAACUGAGGAUAUUCUGUGCUAAUAACAGUAUUGAUGAUGUGUACAACACUAAGUUCCUUGAGAUAGUUGCGAAUGUAAGAACCAAUCUGAUCAACAGUAUUGAAAGGUUGGGAGAGGGAGGAAUUGAGAUCCUGAACCUUGUUAUUUCUAAACCUGACAUUCCAGAAGAUAUUGCACAGAACUACAAACAGGUAAAAGUUCAGUGGACUGAGCAGCUUGUAGCAACACAGAUGCAGAAAACAGAACAGAUUAAGAAGGAAAUAGAGAUGAUUAAAGCUAUAGCUGAUGCAGAACGUAACAAGGCUGUACUGGAGAUCACUAUACAGCAGAGGAUCCUAGAGAAGGAAGGGGAGAGGAACGUCUCCUCCCUGGAGAAUCUGAUUAAGAAGGAGAAGGAGGAGAACUUGGCCAAUAUUGAAAUGUAUAGGAUAGAAAAAGAGGCUGAAGCCAAUACAAAACUGUACACAGAACCGUAUAUCAAGCUCAACCUGGCCAAGCAGCUGAGUUCAAACACCAAGUUUUACUUCUCAGGAGAAACCUCUCCUUUGGGUGCAAUCUUUGAGAAAAUAAUUGGAUCCAAAUCCGAAUAAACAAAAUUUCUUGAAAUGUUAUUAAAUGUCUGCUAACUAACACAAUAUAUAAUGAUCCUUAGUUGAAGUAAAUACACUGCCACAGUUCUCUU